AUGAUCCGGUCACAGCUAAGGCAAAUUGUCCAGCAUGGCGACCGUGUCUGGGUGGGCAUGAACAUGCCCAUCCGCCACUUCUCUGUCUCUUCUGUGGCGGCCGCAGAGGGUCCGACGAACCCUCCACCAGGGCGGGAAAAUCAAACAGCUCGAGGUGAACCCAGACAGAGACCCGCAUCCACGGGACCUCCUCGCAAACCUCGACCUUCUAGCAGACCUGCGCCGUCUACCGGAGCUGGUGGAAAUGGAACUGCAAACAAGAAUGCAGCGGGCACUACCUUCAAACCUCGUCCCGCUCGUGCCAUCGACGCCCGGUCCCUGGCCGCGGCGCCCCGUACCGGAGGCGAGCCACCCAAGAUCAUUCGCCGGCCUCGUCUGCGCACUGGACCGCCCGGAAAGACUCUGCCUGGUCGUAAGGGCAAGCCCGGCGCCAAGAACACCCAGAAACCCCGGCGCACCAAGAAGAAGGUCCGUCGCGCCGCGGAGGACUUUGACGAAGACGAGACUGUGGCGGCGGCGAUCAAAAAGCACGAAGAGGAUCGAGACUUGCAGAUGCGUCCGAAGCCGGUCCGAUACGAGCCCAAGGAGAUUGAUUUUUCCGCCUUGAAGGAAACUUGGCCUGCUCUGCCAACGAACACGUUUGCUCGCUCGGCGACGGUCAUUGAGAAGUUGACGACGCUGAGCGGGCGAUUCCCGAACGGGUACGUGCCGCCUCAUGAGUUGGGUCGGCGACUGUGGAAGGGCCAGAGCGUUCUCUUCGAGACCGAGGCGGAGAAGAUCGAGGCGUUGGAAGAAGUCAAGCGCUUGUCUCAGGCUCGCGCGGACAAGAUCUCUCAGAAGAAGGGAGAGCCUGUCGAGCCUCGCGAGGUCAAGUUUGCUGCUGUCAGCAAGGAAGAUACCCAGCAGUUGAUGGAGGUCUAUGUGCAGGGAAAGUAUCCGGCCGUGGAGGCUGGUAAAGAUCAACCCGCCGUCAUGGGCGAAGUGCUGAGAAACUUGCGCAAUAACUCUACUUAUCAGACUGCGGGCAAGCGGCCCCAGUUCCUGGCCAAGGUUGAAUCUUUGUUGGCGUCGAGUCGUGUCAAGCGAUCUUAA